CGAGUGGUCAGACCCGGCGGGUGGGCCCCGCUGCGUCCGCCCCGCCCGCCGAGGCCGCGCCCGUGCCCGCCAGCCGGUGGGCGGGCGCCGAGGGCAGCAUGGCGGCGCUGCGGCCCUGCGCCGACGGCCCCUGCUGCUCCCGCCCCAGCGCGGCGCCCGGCGUGCAGCAGACGCUGGACGAGAUGGACUUCGAGAGGGGAAUCUGGUCGGCAGCCCUGAAUGGAGACCUGGGCCGAGUGAAGUAUUUAAUCCAGAAGGCGGUGGACCCCAGCCAGCCCGACUCGGCCGGCUACACGGCUCUGGUGAGCUGGGGACGAGCCUCAGCUCCGGGUUCCUGCUCUCUGCACUACGCCAGCCGCAAUGGGCACUACGCCGUGUGCCAGUUCCUGCUGGAGAGCGGGGCCGAGUGUGAUGCCCAGACCCACGGGGGAGCCACUGCCCUGCACCGGGCCAGCUACUGUGGGCACACGGACAUCGCCCGGCUCCUCCUGUCACACGGCUCCAACCCUAGGCUAGUGGACAAUGAUGGCAUGACCAGUCUGCACAAGGCCUGGGCAAAGAAGCAUGGCCACUGAGCAAAGGACACAGGGAAGGAAAGCUCACGCCGACUGCCUGAGUGGCACCAGGGUGCCCCACCCCCCCGGACGCACAUCAUCAGGAUUUGGCAGGAGUUCGGGGAAAUCUGCUUAGACGGCGCCUCCAUUUCCACGAGACCUUUUUUAGGACCAAAAGAGCCCCAGAAGUGGAGCAAGAAAGAACAGGGCCCAGUAGGGGUACAGCUUUUGAUCUAGGCCUCUCUC